AUGGGCUGCACUUUUCGAGCUCGAUUGAACUCACUCUGGUCAAUAUGGUACACGAUCAUCGUCGUGCUGUUACAGGGUUACCUCAUCUACCUCGGUUUCGAACGAUACAAACUUUACAAUGAGAUGAAAUGGCCGGCGAACGGUGGUUAUCCAGUGGUGUGGCUGAAUGUUUAUGUGAUCCUCUACAUUGCUUGUAUUCCUAUACUCUUAUCAAUAUUCGCAAGUGGUGUUUUCAAAACGGGCAACAUUCCGGGCGAUCACGAAAGGUUGGCGGAUCGAGAGGAAAGGGUAAUCGAGACUGGAUCGGACAAAAAUGGAGACAAAAGAGGUUGCUUCCACUGUCUUCGUUCUCUUUGGGCCCAUUCCCCUCCACUUCCCCAUCACUUACAUCUGGUGGUCGCUUUGAUGCAACUCGUCGCUCAACAGCUGAUGAUCGCUCAAUUGUAUCGGAACGCUUUCAUCCAAUCCGAUGUUUUCCUCAACACUGAGCUCGAUUUCAUCUAUCAACGAGCAAAACUUUUGGCUACAAAUUUGCCCAUUGGAGAGACAAGGAUUCAAGGAUUCUCGAUGACCUCCGACAAAUUGAGUGCGGCACCAAUUGCUCCGAAUCUAUUACCAAUCCUGAUGCAUUUUCGCUUAUUCGGGAUCCCGUUGGAGUUCGUCAAUUUCAUCCUCGCUCUCAUCGCCUACAGUAUCUCAUAUCCAGCUGUGUUUUGGAGAGUCUCAAAAUCGUUUGCCUUGCUCUUCUCGCUUCAUUUGUUCAUCUUCUCAGUCACUCUCGUCUUUUCGUAUCUCGGCUUUUCGAUUCUUUUCCGAGUACAAGAAACCAACUAUCACAGCAUCAGACCGGUUGGAAUUGGCCAAUAUUUGUUGUACGAUCGAAACCUUCGAAUGCUCCAUCCAUACGCGGUUCUCGGCGAGUUUUUGGCUGCCGCUUUUUUCACGCAUCUCUCAGGGAUCAUGCUUUACGCUUAUGGAUAUAAUAAAUAUUUUAUGUGUGUGGCAAAUCAACAAGCGAAGAACGUGUCCAGGAGUGGGACGAGCGAGUACACUGAUUUCAGUCGACGACAUCAGAGUCACCGGGCGAACGAGUUGUGCUGUGAUGGCUAUGGCCCACACAUGAGCACGAUCUUCAUGCUGGUGUUGAUCAUUGCCGCAAAGUCGCCAUACGUUUACGCAUUCGUGCAAAUCUGGCAGCACGACGAUCGUCCGAUUCUUCUUUCAAUUCUCGUAGUUGAUGUUGUCUACAUGUUCACGUUAAUCCUCCUUUGGUUAAUGUUGACAAUUAAAAGAGAAUGGGAUUUCGAUGUGUCGCAUUAUGUUCAUCAAGUUUAUGCUCUACAGAAAGGUAUGACUGCUGGCCCAGUUCGAAGCAACGAGAACCCGUCAAAGUUGAAGAACGCCGUGAUCGUCAUGCAUCGGGAUACGAUGUUUGUAACCGAUGAUCACGCGACAAAGCAAUCUUUGCUCAGAGCUUGUCAACGUGGAGGCGAAUUGGUUACGGAUGAGACGGCUUAUUGGCAGCGGGCGAAUGGAGGACAUCAGAGUCCGGGAAUGAGAAAAAUCCCGAUGGAAGAGCGAAUCCAGCAAACACCGGAGAUGACGAGAUUAUUAGCUGGAAGGAAGCCUUCGGAUGAUAAUUCACAGAUCUCGCGCCUUACCCAAGCCCAACCACAACCCAUUCAAUUCCGUGGGAACAGUAGUCCACCUGAUGGACGAUAUGGAACACUGCCCAGAAAUCAACAAACCGGCUACUACACGUCGACUCUUCAACGCGUACCCGCAAGUACCUCAAACAUGCAGAGAUCGGCGCAAGGAUGGAAUACGCAGCAAGAAGCCUAUGCCUCGAUCCAUAAGGGUAAAGGAGAGGUGAUGUUUCCACAGAGAAGAGGCAGUCAGGAUGAGCAAUAUGGACAGUACGGUCAAUAUGGGACUUAUGGAAGAGUUGGGAAUCAGGCCCGAAUUGCUGUCCCGCCGAACGGUCCGAUGAGCACCUCGAUGCGGGUGAAUGGAAAUGGACAGUAUGCGACAGGAAUGCAACAACAGCUUUUACAACGGCAACCCUCCGACGGUCAAGGAGCUUCGGUGUCAGCCGUUCGACAGAGCCCUUUAUUAGGCCAAGAGGGUCGACCUGGAGCCAGAGAUCCGUCUCCAUAUCAAAGAACAGCUGGCGUUAAGAUGAGCUCUUUCAACUCGACUGAGAAUAAAGGGUCGAUGAGCGGUAUCUAUGGAACGGUGCCACCUCAAUGGAACGCCUCAUCAUCCCAGCGAGCGGCUCCCGGUCAACCGCAACAACUUCUCUGGAAUGGCUCUGGGCAAACCAACAAGUCAUCUGCGUCGAGUAGUCAAGCGGGAACGAUCUCUGCGUCAAGCUCACAACAAGACAAUCAAUGCUUCACUCCGACAUCGACUCUCACUUCUCAAGGCUCAACCACUAACUAUUCGAAUCAGCACACACCCACUCCCGGCUCUCCAUCACUCUACUCAACAAAUCACCGAUCCGCACUUUAUGGAAAUAUUGGUGAUGAGGGAAUCUACGCUGAUCGAACGCUGCAAAAAAGAGUUCCGAUUUUAUCCGCGGUUAACUCGGGCACGUUGAGGAGUGUGAAAGCUGUUCCGCCACCUCGACAAGAUGACUCGGCGAAUUUUUCCCUUUCCUCUUCUAAUGGUUCACAAGAAACACCGCGUGUUCCUGCACCAGCUCCCAAUAACACUAACGAUUUUGCGACUAGUAUUGUU